CUGCCCAUAUAGUCUUUUAUUCACGUUUCAAAAAAACACACACACAGAACAGGGGAUUUGAAAUAUGUUUCCAACUUGGGUAAUUUUCUUGACCUUGUGGGUUAUAGAACUAGCAAGGAACAUUAAAGAGUUUCUCUGAUAACAUGUCGUUUCUCAAAUUCUUCAAACAGUUCUGUAUUAAUAGCUCUCAAAUUCCAGAAAUCACCAGACAAUAUCCAACUAACAAUAAAGACUUAGACUCCACUGAUUCUAAUUCUCUAAAAGGUUUUGUAAGUUUGGUUGAUAGACAAAUCCGUUACAGAUUUAAAUUGCCACGUUAAAUUGUUGUUUUGGUUUAGAGACAAGUCUUUGUAUUUAAACUAUGUUAUGGGCUUCUCCUUCUCCACCGAAGAACACGCAAAGAGAAACAAUAUGAGUAAUCAUCAAACUGUGAGAUACUUUUUCUCUUAUAUCUCAUUAUCUUAAUUAUAUUCAAAUUUAUCAGAUAGGCUUUGUAAUCAUCUUUCAUGAUGACUCCAACAAAGCAGGUGUUGAAGCAACUAGAGCCAUGGUGUGAACUUAAAGACAAAGUGGUUCUUGUGACAGGAGCUUCCUCUGGUAUAGGAAGAGAGGUAUGUCUUGAUCUAGCCAAAGCUGGCUGUAAGAUUAUCGCAGAAGCUCGUCGUGUCGAUCGUCUCAAAUCUCUCUGCUCUGAAAUAAAUAGCUUCGAAUAUUCAGCCGGACUUCAAGCUGCAGCUCUUGAGCUAGACGUUUCAUCAGACGCACCCACCAUUCAAAAAGCGGUUAAGGAAGCUUGGUAAAUCUUUGGAAAGAUCGAUGUGUUGAUCAACAAUGCGGGAUUUAGAGGCAAUGUCAAGUCGAGUUUGUAUUUGUCCGAAGACGAGUGGGACAAAGUCAUCAAGACCAACUUAACGGGAACUUGGUUAGUCUCCAAAUAUGUAUGCAUUUUAAUGCGCGACGCUAAACGUGGUGGCUCGGUGAUAAGCAUAUUAUCAGUCUCUGGCCUCCACCGCGGUCAGGUGCCUGGUGGAGUCGCGUAUGCUUGUUCUAAAGGCGGUGUUGACACCAUGACAAGGAUGAUGGCUGUUGGGUUAGGUGUUUACAAGAUCAGAGUGAAUUCGAUCGCACCGGGGCUUUUAAAGUCAGAGAUCACACAAGGUCUUAUGCAAAAAGAGUGGCUCAAGAACGUUAAUGAACGGAUAGUCCCAUUAAAGGUACAACAGGCAGUGGAUCCGGGGCUUACAUCUCUCGUUCGCUACCUCAUUCACGACUCGUCUCAAUAUAUCUCCGGGAAUACAUACAUUGUCGAUUCCGGAUCUUCAUUACCCGGCGUGCCUAUUUUUUCAUCUCUCUAAACCUUGAACCCCAAAUCUUGUGUUU